CAUGCAGCAGACAUUACAGCUUCCAGAUCCUGGAGCACACCAGCUCCAGUUAAGCCAACCGGGAUCAAAGAUCAUGCCGAAGUCUGACGGAGGAGAGAGGGUACUCAGUGAGAUGGGCUACAGGCUGGGUCAGACGAUAGGGGAAGGCAGCUUCUCCAAGGUGAAAGCAGCCACCUCCAACAAAUACAAGGGCCCCCUGGCCGUCAAGGUGGUGGACCGGCAGCAAGCAUCCCGAGCCAUUGUGUUCAAGUUUCUGCCUCGGGAGCUCUCCAUCGUGCGCAAGAUCCAGCACCCCAACAUCGUGCGCGUCUUUGAGCUCAUCGAGGUUUGCAACAGGAAGCUCUACAUCGUGAUGGAGGCCAUGGACACUACCCUGCUGCAGAUGCUGGAGAAUCUGGGAAAGCUGCCCUGCACCCCCAACGCCCGGGACAUCUUUGUGCAGGUUGUGAGGGCCGUGCGCUACCUGCACGACCGCGACCUGGUGCACCGGGACCUCAAGUGUGAGAACGUGCUGCUCUCCGCUGACGGCCGCCGGGCCAAGAUCAGCGACUUCGGCUUCAGCAAGGAAGUCAAUGGCUACCCAGACCUGAGCGCCACGUUCUGCGGGACAGCGGCCUUCGCUUCCCCAGAGGUGCUCAUGGGCAUCCCCUACGACGCCAAGAAGUACGACAUCUGGAGCUUGGGGGUGAUGCUUUACAUGAUGGUGGUCGGCAGCGUUCCCUUUGAUGAUACCAACGUCCAGAGCAUGCCCCAGCUGCAGAAGAAGGGGGUGGUGUACCCAGAGGGGCUGCCAGAACCCUGCCAAGCCCUCAUCAACCAGCUGCUGCAGUACACCCCGGCCUCCCGGCCUGGCGCGGGGCAGAUAGCCAAGAACCGCUGGCUGAACGGGGACAUCUGAAGGAGA